CCUCCGCUGCAUGUUGUUUAACCCUGCCGGGAGACUACACCCGUCCACUCCUCCAGCCCAGUCCAGUCCCGUGCACAGGACCACGGCGAUGGCCGAGGAGGACCUCCAGCAGCAGCAGGCGGACCGCGGGGCGGGGAGCCUGCCCGGCCUGCUCCCCGGGCUGCAGGGAGCUGAGGCCAGUGCUCUGCAGCUCAGGAUCAAGAACUCCAUCUGCAAAUCAGUUCAGUCAAAAGUGGAAAACAUUCUGCAAGAUGUCGACAAGUUUUCAGACAUUGAGAAACUCUACCUCUACCUUAAGUUGCCUUCUGGUCCCAGCAGUAGUGCUGAUAAAAGUGACCAGAGCGCCCUGUCAUCGAGCCGCACGCAGCAGAUGCACGCGUUCAACUGGAUCCGCAAUCACUUAGAGGAAUACCCGGAGACGUCUCUUCCCAAGCAGGAGGUCUACGAUGAGUACAAGAGCUUCUGUGACAAUCUGAACUACCACCCGCUGAGUGCUGCUGAUUUUGGAAAGAUGAUGAAAAACGUCUUCCCGAACAUGAAAGCACGACGACUUGGCAUGAGAGGAAAGUCAAAGUAUUGCUAUAGUGGACUAAGGAAGAGACCCUUUGUUCACAUGCCGUCUUUACCCACUCUGGAUCUUCUUAAAACAGGAGACGGGCAACAGUGUGAUGUACUCGAGUCACCAGGCCAGCUUAGCGGCAUAAAGGAAGAGGUGCGAUUUGCAGCCUGCGAUCUGGUGUGUGAAUGGGCCCAAAAGGUGCUGAAACGCCAGUUUGAUGCUGUGGAAGACCUGGCUCGCUUCCUCAUCGACAGCCAUUACAUCAGCAACAAGUCGCUGGCAGCUCUCACCAUCAUGACCGGCACAGCAACAGAUGUUAAAACUCCACAGACUGUCCCGGCCUUUGCCCCCACCGCAGAGGCUCACUCUUUCCAGCCUCACGUCACGACCCUGUCAUCACCAUCUGUUGAUGCAAAGCAGCAGCUCCAGAGGAAGAUCCAGAGGAAGCAACAGGAGCAGAAACUGCACUCCCCUUUACCCGGAGAGGGGCAAACGAAGAGGGCAGAUGACAGCGUGCCUUGUGGUAGCCCCACCUCUCCAUCGCCUCAGCCAACCAUAGGCAUCGUGGUGGCUGCUGUCCCAAGCCCCAUCACGGUGCAGCGGAGACAAAUGAUGUCCCCGAGUCCUUUGGGAACAGUAGAGAGCAAAGUGCUUCCUAUUAACUUCCAAAUGGUGACGCAGCCAGUUCAAGCAGUGAAACAGAGCCCGAAACCCCCCCAGAAUAUCCUAGCCAGUGCAGUGGGGGAGCGCACAGCUCGCCAACGCUACGCUCAAAUCCUGCCCAAACCUUCGGCCACCACCGCUAUUGCCCUGCGUUCACCCUCUGCCAUGAUCAUCGCAAACAGCCCCAUUAAGACGGUGAUGACAACUUGUCACGUCAGCCCAAUCAGCUUGGUGAAGAUGACCGCCAUAUCACUCACUCCCAACAGCAGCGAUACCACCACAUCCCUUACAAACACCACGCUGCGGCCGGCAUCUGCAGGCAUCACUUCUGCAGCGGCAGACGAAGUCUCCUUUAAUCAAGACAUGAGGAGUGCCUCUGUGGUCCCUAUUCUGGCCCCGGUGGCCAGCCCAGGACAGACUCCUUACACGCAGAGUGUCGAUGUUGAAAUGGAAGUUGAAGCUAUACAUAAAAACAGCCAAAUGCAUAGUGCUACCAGUCAGGUUUUGAUUGAAAGGUCAGUGGCAAAUAGAGGCGGAGGGGCUGUUCAGAGGGCUGCCAGUGUGCCCAUACCUCAGACUAAGGGCUUCCUGGGUCUGGAGGAAACAUCCAGCCCCGGAUGCAAUGGAAAGUCCUCCUCUGGCCCUCACACCAUGGCUACUCCCUCCAUUCAGACCACCAGCACUGCUUCUUUACUGAACGCCAGCAGGGAUUCUUCAUUUGAGGAGAGCAGCCAAGCAAAGGAAGGUUUUUUGUCCACUAAGAGCCUCAGGAAACGCUCAAGUGUCAGUCCAGACUUCUCUCCAGUCAAAAGAGUCUUUAUGCCACAGCAGCCAGUAGAGGGCGCCGCUGGCCUCUGUUACGGCUUCAGAAACACCGUCGGUAACGUCUUAGGGCCAGGUGCUCCAGCAAGAUCUGAAAGUGCCCCAGCCACCAGGGAGGUAGAGAUGAAAAUGGACUCCGUGUUGCCCACUCAUGUCCAUGCACUCGGUACUUCCUCUUUCAGAGCCAGUGGCUUUUACUCUGUUGCCAAAACACACAAUUCAAUGGAGAGGAAAAACACUUCCACUGUUAUGGAAACUGGCACCUCAGUCAGUGACGCAUUUAUACAGCAGCAGCAGGGGCACACAAUGGCUGAGGUGCAUGCCAUACCUCACAACCCUGAUUUUCACAGAAGUUCAGGUGUGAGUUCAAACUCAGCCAAAGGGAGUCUUGGCGGACAACAGAUCUACGCUCAGCCCAGAUCUGCUACUGAAGCCUUGGAGUUUCUGAAUCAGGCUUCAUCGUCCAGUCAGCUCCCUAUGCAGACAGAUAUGGACUAUUUUUCCUUUGAUGACGAUGUGACUCAGGACAGCAUUGUGGAGGAGCUGGUGCAGAUGGAGGAGCAAAUGAAACUCAACAACCUGCAGGAGUUUGGAGACUGUGUCGCGCUCAAAGGCCAACAGGCUGUCAUGGCGGACAGCUUAGCGUCCACAAAUAAGACCAUGACUCCUUUUUAUCAUUCUGGAAACAGCAGAAGCAACCCAAUCCAAACCCCAACACCGACACCCACACCCACUUCAGAAAUGAUUUGUGGAGGCCAAAGCCUGACUGGAGAAAGUCCCUGCUCCCACAUCGCCUCCACAACCCCAGUGGACAGUGCCCUGGGAAGCAGCCGUCACACCCCAGUUGGUACUCCGCACUCCAACUGCAGCAGCAAUGUUCCUCCCAGUCCGGUGGAGUGCAGGAACCCGUUUGCAUUUACACCCAUCAACUCCAGCAUCACUGGUUUCCAUGACGGCAGCACCAUCUCCAGCAGUCCUGUCAAGCCCAUGCAGAGGCCGAUGGCCACCCACCCAGAUAAGACAAGGCUGGAGUGGAUGAAUAACAGCUACAACAGCAGCAUCGGGAGCGUAAGCAAGUCCAACAGUGGAAUGGGAAUCAUCCCCAGCUAUCAAGGACUGAUAGACGACCAUUUUCAAAAACCUCACGCCUUCGCCAUUCCCCACGCUCGGCACCACGAUAGCCACUUGGGUCGUUUGACUCCGAUCUCACCUGUGCAGCAGCAGGUAGCCAGCAUGGCUAACAUGACCCGGCAGGAAGGCUUCGCUGUGCCCGCCCCUCUCGAUAAUAAAACAUCAUCUGCUGCAACUUUUCGAUGUCGCAGUGUUAGCCCUGCUGUGCACCUGAAGAAUUUGAGCGGGAACACUGGAAACAGUGCCCUUCCCAAUAUCCCUCGUUCAGUGGUGUCUCCCUUUAAUUCUCCUAUGACGCCGGAGAUGUUAAACAUCUUUGCAAACAGCCAAACAAACCUAGGGGUGAGCAGCUUGGCUCAGAGGAGCCGCUCUGUGCCGCUGAAUAUCAUGAUGCAAACUGAAGUGCUGCCCACGCCGGGCCCACAAUGCAGCAGCAAAAAUAUCGGCAGUGUCCUCCUGAGCAAGCUAGACGGGGACCACAGCGACACUGUGCGAGGCAUCGGCAUCAAUAACUUACCCUCCACCUACACUGCACGUAUGAACCUCACCCAGAUCCUCGAGUCCAACCCCAACAUCUCCUGCACUGACAGCCACCUCAGCCUGAUGACCUCUGACUCCACCAGCACAUGCAAGUUGCAGAGGGCUAAUUACCUCAUAGAAAGUGCUAAUAAUGAACAAAUGAUUCUGUCAUCAGAUGAAAGCCAAGUACAAUCAUCCUCUGGAGACCAGCAACAGUCUAUGAUGCUAGCUCUGAGCUCGCAGCAGCAGCAAGAAGAAGAGCUUCGUCGGCAGUUAGACUUCAGCAGGGAUCCAAACCUCCUCACGGACAGCAGCCUCUCUGCUGGCAACCAGCUCAUGGAACAAGUGUCGGAGCUAAGUACAGGCAGGGCACAUUUUCCCUGUGAAAUCAGAAUGACAUCAGAGCUCUCCAGUAGCAUCAACGACCUUAACGCUUUGGACACAAACCUGCUUUUCAACCCCAACAGGCAGCAAGGGCAAUAUCAAAAUGCUGCUCCAGAGGAGCUGGUCAGUGACGUACUGUUUCAGCAAAUCACCGGCGAGACGGCGCAUUCAAGUGGGCUCGACUGGUUAGAGAGCAAAGAUCAUCCAACUGUUGGGUUGAUGGGCUGAGAAUAGGACUUUUUUUUUUUUUUAUGAUUUUCAACAUGUUAUUGUGAGGUUUGUCCAAUUUAUGUGCCAGGCUAAACUGAGCUAAUGCUGCAACAAUGAUUAAAAUGCUGGUCAUUUCCCGUUCAUGAGAAUCUGGAUCAAGAACAUUUAAGCCGUUAAACAAAACAAAACCUGUUGUUUUAAUAUUUAACAUUCAGUAGUCAACUGAAUAAAGCCAUGGAUUUGUCUGUGUAAAUACAAGUAGAAGAUGAUAAUCCUUUUUGCUAUAAAACUUACUUAUAUUGUGCUGUGUAAUCCACAGUUGAUUCAUCAUUCAUAUACUUUACAUGGAACCAAAUUCAUCCAUGAAAAUCCAUUUGAUAAAUUCAUAUAAUAACAAUAUGAAGCAUGUAAAAGGAAACAUUUACAUGGAUACAUUUACCACAAUAAAUGUAUCAGCUAUUCAUCUAAUGAAAAGCAUAGUGUCAUAUCUCUUGAAACUUAAAAAAAAAGUAAGAUGUGAUCUAUUUCUGAACUGUCUUUUCCAAAGUAUAUAUAUAUAUUCAAAAAAAAAAAAGGUUUUCAAACUGUUUGACUGUUUUAGUGUCAAAGAGUUUGGGCCUCUACAGAUUAAGACAACGAAAGUAAAGAGACGUCGAGCUCUCCUUAAACAGAGUAUGUAAAUGAGGCCGAUGUAUUAUUAUAAGGCCCCUUCAUGCACAUUGUUUUAUUUCAACAAAUCUAAUUUACUAAAAGUCUGAAACAUUCAUGAAAAUCAAGAAGUACUAAUAAAUGCAAUAUAUUAUUAUAUAGGAGAAUGAUGAGGUACAGAGCCAAGAGGAGUGACCUCUGUCCUAUAACAAUGUCUCUAAAAGCUUUAGUUAUGCACUAAUUGGUUAACUGUAGAAGUUUGAGAAGUAGCAAAGCAAUAAAAAUAAUCCCUUGAAUGAGGACUUGCACUUUUGACAUGAAUCAUAAAACUGAAAAUAGAAAUGAAAUGAUGACUGUUUUACUUAUAAUGAUACUUAUAAAUAUACUUACUCCUUUUCAUCUAUAAAUGAUAAAAUUAGCUAGUAGUAGUCUGAAGUGAAUGGAACUAAUAUUACACUCCCUAUAAUGCACUGACAAUCUAUAAUACUAAUGCUUCUCUACAAAAACUCUUUGCUUUGACUGAUAAGUCGGUAAAAUUUCAAAACACUUACCGACCAAACGUGACCGUCUCGCUUUACACUGAUGCUGAGCAGCGUGUAAAGACUCACCGCUGGCUUUUGGUCUCUGAGCCUUAUGUCCAUGCCAAAGAUGUAACCUACAAUAUCAUGCACUACAAGCAUGGGUGUCUGCUGUAACCGCCUAUGUGAUGGACAUACUGGGAAUGAAGUGGAAAGAUUUUGCAGCUCUGCAAAGGUGUUGGUUUCUAAAAUCUAAAAAGUCAAACAGGACAAAAAUAAAGGAUGUCUUUGUUUACUCCGCUGUAAUUUAUUGAUCAACUGUUUUUUUUUUUGUGUUAGCAUUAUAUAUCUGAGUGUGUAUUGCUGGCCAUGCUACCUUUAUUUGUUGUACAGAUCGUUGGCGUGGCCAGUUGUCCAGUGCUUUUUGUUUUAUUUGUUUUUUUUUUCUAUUUAUUUACAGUGUGUUGUCUGUACAGAAGGUGAAACCUUGGAAAACCAUUUAAUCUUGUGUAUUCACAGUAAUCUGACUUGCACUGUUACAACGACUUGUAGCAUAUAUUUUUCGGUGUCAUAGCAUAUCACACUGUGUCAUUAUCUCAUAAUAAAUUUUGUUGAAAUUCAUACAUUUUUUGUUCAACCUGUGGAACUGGCUAUAGGCGCGAAAUUGUUCCAGAAAAUAUUUGCACAUGAUUCAAAAUAUGGAAAUAAGACUUUUCAUAAUUAUAUGGUAUAAUAUUACCAUCUGGGUAUGUUGCAAAAGUAGUACAUUGAAUCUGGCCAUGUAACACAUAUUAGGAGAUUUUGUCUUUUUAACGUCUAACUUAGCACGGAGCAAUUAAGACAAACUUGUUUAUAUUCAGUUUUCUAAACUGUUCUGAGUUCUGAUGUUUACCCGUGUGUUUGUUAGCACUGAUGUUUGUUUGAAGAAGUCUUUACCCUUCCUCUUGUGGGUGGUUCAGAUCUGUAGAGCUGGCCUCCACUAUAGUUGCUGUGUCUGUGUACAUGGGAUGUUUUGGGUUGUUUGCAUUUUAGCAAGUGCUUUUUUAAGGGGAAGUGCUUGUUGAUACCGGUUUUUAAAAACUUUUUAAAACUAAUAAACAUUUUUAAGUAUGUUGCUGAAA